CAAGAAUACAAAUUUUCAAAAGUGCAACCGUGGUCAGUGAUUACCAUCCACUUGAUUACCCACCCGACACGCAAUCGUCAACGACCACAACAAGGUUCACCCGGCAUCUCCACUUCGCAUGUGAACGCCGACCAGCCUUGACUCAUAUUCGCAGUACAACAAUACUUUGUCAUCCACAUAUUCUACACCUCCUUCUUUCACUCUCUCACUCACCGACAUUCCCAAUUCCUUAACCAUGCCUCUAGCCAUGAUGCAGCCUCUGAGCAGACCGCCAUCGCGCGAUCUAGCACUCAGCACAGCACAACGAUUAUCACGAGAAGCGACAUUCCAACUUGCCGAGACUGCUCGAAGAAAGUCACUCAACAAAGAAGUACACGACGAUCUCCGCCUCAGACUCAGCCAUGAACACCUGUUGGAUGCAUUAUUACAAGACAUUGCUCGAUCAGAACGAGAACUCCAAACUUCACCAACCGAAGACAAAUACCUGAUGCAAUCAGAACGCAAAAGACCCGAAGAAUCCAAGAGGAUACCGCAGCCAAAGUAUGACGACUACGGCUUCCCAAUGGAAGAGGACGAUGGCGAGGAGGACAUGGGUGGACUCUCAUUAAUGAGAACGCAAUCAAGAAAACCGACAAGAUGAUUGAUUCUCUUUGCUACAUCCACCAUGACCUGUCACGACUCUGAGCAUUUGAACGAGAUACCCAACUCUGCAGCAUAAGCGCUUUUACCACGGCCCAUUUUGGUCGAAAUUGAACUGGGCCAGAUUGCCCUCGAUACCAACAUUUAAUACCACCGAGCAACAACCACUCGAAGACUUUCCAACAUCCAUGAGUAUGAAUCGUGCACUAUGCAGCCAUACUACAAUCUGGAUAUCGAAACAAUUGGUUGAUACAAAAGGGACCAGAAUUGAAUUGAUCAGACCGCGAAAUAUGGACUCGGACUCAAGGAUAGGAAUUGAACUUGCGGGAACAGCAAUUGGCAUAGGCAAUUGGAUGAGGCUCUGCACUCUACACCUAUGUCUGCUCUUUCACCAUGAUCUUCCUCACCUUGAACCAAAUCCUCGUCGACACGAUCGACACGAUCCAACAUUCUGUCUCUACCCUUCUGACAUUGUACUGGGCGCCAGCGCACCCUCUACAUCUGAUACAUAGCCUAUAGGAUCAAAUAGAUCAGAAAAAAAUCAGAAAUUUUUCACUAUGUGA